GGUGUGGACUGGCAGCCACUCUGUAGCUGGUCGCCCGGGACCUGGUCCCUCCCGCGAGCCGAAGUGAUGAAGGGGAAGAUAUCCUCUUAGACACACACACGCUCGCGCAUCCAGCUGGGCACGUCUCUGGGAGGUAGCAGCCGGCUGGAGCGCCAGAGACCGGGCGGCGGCCGUGACAGCGCGAGCCGCAGGGAGUCCGCGCUCCGCACAGCUUGGCACUGGCGGCAGGAGGACACAAGAGAGGGAAAAUCAGAGCCGCCCUGACUGUUGCUCUUUGGAACGCCUCCCGAGGGACGGGGUUUGCAGACAUUGUCACCGCGGACGACAGAGGCUCUGCCCCUCGCGUGCGGGAUCCGGUUCUGCAGCCGUGUCUGUGCCGGGAGAGGAGGAUGCGAACCUCCUCCCGAACAGCUCCUGCGGUCCCCUUAGCUACGCGAACUCGGACUCUGGCGCCUGCCCCUGACGUGUCUGCGCCGCGGGAGCGCGCCCUGCCGCACCUGGUUCCAGUCUCCCAGGGAAGUGCGCGAAACGCGCCGUAAACUCCACUACUUCUCGUCCCCUCCGCUCCUCGCUCCCCGCCCCGGACCUCGCGGCCACCGCUGUCGCCGCCCCAGAGUGGGAGCCCGCCCUCCCCGCUCUCACGCGCGGAUACAGCGCUGCUUGUCUGCUCUCUUUGCCGCUCACUCACAGCGGGCACCUAGUCAGAGCAGAGCAUCCCAAACUACAGGACAACUACCACUGGGACCGCGGAAAUGGCUGGGUAACCCAGCGCUACUGGUCUGGGCCACCGCUUCCCAAGCUGCGGUCCACUCAGAGGCUGUCGCCACUGGGGAUGACGGUGAGUGAGCAGGGCAUGCUGCCCGCUGUGCCUGGUAGAGAGAGAUAACCAAGCUCCACUGGCUUAAGACUGGUGGUUUCUGCUGCUUACUUCAAGAGUCUCAAAGGCCAGCUGACACCCACUUUGGCAUAUUCUUGGACGUCUCUCCUCCAUGCGAAUAGAACUUUCUGGAUGAGCAUGAAGAUGUGAAGGUGUUCGCAAACAGAAAACUUCCCAGGACAAGCAGAAGGUGAGGCGAGAGCAUGGGACACCCACUAGCCAGAUAAUCCUCGCUGGAGUAACUGAGAAGUGUCUGAAUGUAGGCCGUGGCAGUCCUGAAGGUUGAUGGAGGGCCAUGCUAUUCAAACAGCAGGUGUGGCUGAGACAGAAGCUCCUGGUGCUGGGAAGCCUUGCCGUUGGGAGUCUGCUGUAUCUAGUUGCCAGAGUUGGGAGCUUGGAUAGGCUCCAGCCCCUUUGCCCUGUUGAAAACCGAUUUGGUGGCGCCCACAGUCAGGCUGAGUUCCCACUCCGGGCCCUGCAGUUUAAGAGAGGUCUUCUGCAUGAGUUCCACAAGGGCAACUCUUCCAAGGAGCAGGUUCGCCUCCAUGACCUGGUCCAGCAGCUCCCCAAAGCCAUCAUCAUUGGGGUACGGAAAGGGGGCACUAGGGCCCUGCUAGAGAUGUUGAACCUCCAUCCUGCCGUGGUCAAAGCUUCUCAAGAGAUUCACUUCUUUGACAACGAUGAGAACUAUGCCAAGGGCAUUGAGUGGUACAGGAAAAAAAUGCCUUUUUCCUACCCUCAGCAAAUCACAAUUGAAAAGAGCCCGGCCUAUUUCAUCACAGAAGAGGUUCCGGAAAGGAUUUACAAAAUGAACUCAUCCAUCAAGCUGUUGAUCAUUGUCAGGGAGCCGACCACACGAGCGAUUUCUGAUUACACUCAGGUGCUAGAGGGAAAGGAGAGGAAGAACAAAACCUACUAUAAGUUCGAGAAGCUAGCCAUAGACCCUAAUACCUGCGAGGUGAACACGAAAUACAAGGCGGUUAGGACCAGCAUCUACACGAAACAUCUGGAGCGCUGGCUGAAGUACUUUCCGAUUGAACAGUUCCACGUCGUGGAUGGAGACCGUCUCAUCACCGAGCCUCUGCCGGAACUGCAGCUCGUGGAGAAGUUCUUGAACCUUCCUCCGAGGAUAAGUCAGUACAAUUUAUAUUUCAACGCUACCAGAGGGUUUUACUGUUUGCGAUUUAACAUUAUCUUUAAUAAGUGCCUGGCGGGCAGCAAGGGGCGCAUCCAUCCAGAAGUAGACCCCUCCGUUGUUACCAAAUUGCGCAAGUUCUUUCAUCCCUUUAAUCAAAAAUUUUACCAGAUCACCGGGAGGACAUUGAACUGGCCCUAAAACAAUCCAUCACACAACACCGUGUGUUGUCCCUGGAGAUAUGUGGUGUCUCUUCUAGAUUAAAAUACGCACUUUCCCAGACUCAGCUACUUACUUCAUUUCUCCAUGAAUACUUGUACAUAUGCGGUGUGUGACCAAAUGCAAGAUCAAUUCUUUUUCUAAAUUGCUGCCUGCAGAGCUGCACCUUUGAAGCUAUUUACAAAAGAAGAGUAGUGGUGGUAGGACUGGGAGAAAGUGACUUCAGAUGAUCUCAAGUUAGUCUUCCUUGGAUUCAGAACUUGUCACCCACCAUUUUCAUAGAUCUAAGCCAAAAGACGAAUGUGUGAAAAUGUACCAAUGGCUACGAAGCGUCAGGAAGUAGAGGAUUCAGUUUUCUGGGUUUUCGGGUUUUGUUUUGUUUUCUUGGUUUUUGUUUCUUGUUUCGUUGUCCUAAAGGGAAGCUGGCUCUUUAAUACAGAUACCGGAUUGGUGCCAUGAAAACAGAAUAUGCUAUUUUUUUUUUGUUGUUGUUAUUUAAAAGAAUGUCUUAUCUCAUAAAAUUGACGUUGUCCCAAAGUUCCUGUGGUGAUUUUGCACUAUUGUUUCCUUGUAUGGACCAUGGCGUCAUUUGUAGCAUGUCAAUCACAUGCUGGAGAGUCAAGUCCUUUUACUUCCGUGUGUAUGUCAACACAGAGAAAUGUCCUGUACAUAUUGUAAAUGCUGUAAAUAUCAGUUUCACACUAAGUAAUUCUAUUUUGUAAACUGAAUAUGGCUAUUUAAUUUAUUGUGAAAAUUAAAUUUAUUGUGGUAUUUAAAAAUGGAAUGGAUUAAAAUUACACUAUGUGCA